AUGCAUGGCUUAAUCUUUGAGACAAGCAUAUGCUACUGGCAGGAUCAACCAGGUAGGGGAAGCGAGCGCGACGACGAGGAGCGGGCGUGCCGUGGGGGGGGGGGUGGGAGAGGCAGACCCCGCGAGGCGAGGAGCGAGAGAGGAGGGGCGGCGGGAAGGCGCUCGCCGGCCGGGAGACCGACCGCCCCGGUCCGCCCGCGCGAGACGCCCGACCGCGCGACCCACCCUCGGGGUCGCGAGGUCGCGGCGCGUCGCCGCCACCGCCGGGAGCACGAGGGGGGGCGGGGUGUGCGGCGGGAGGAGGGCGCGGCCGCCCUGCUCUCUCCCUCCUCCAUCCCCCGCCCGGCCACACCGGGACGGCCGACGCGCGCCCUCGCGUCCGUCGUCCACCCGCCCAGAGCGGGGCGGGGGACGCCGGGCGGCGAGGACGCGGCGACCGGCCCGCGGCGGGCAAGACCGGGACCCGUCCCGCGCUCGGCGAGCGCACCGGGGCGGGCGCCCCCUCGUCCGGCACGCGACGGCGGCGGCGGCGCGGCGGCCCGGCGACACGGCGACGGAUCGGGGCCGCGGCGGGCCGGAAGCGAGCACACCAGGGCACGCGGCCCCGGGAGCAGCAGACGGCGAGGGGACCGAGGCGGACGGACGGGCGGAGAGGGCACCGACGGGAUGCGGCACGCGGGCCGACACCGCGCAACCGGCGCGGGGUGGGUGGCCGCGCGCCACCGCGAGGGAACGGCCCAAAGCGAGCCGGGGGAGGGGACGCGAGUCGGCCGCCGGGCCCACCGCGGGAUCUCACCGCCACAGGCCUCCCGGCACAGGGGCGGUCCCGCGGCGCCACCGCGACGAAGGACUGGCGCCCCACCUCGCGGGGCUCGCGGCCACCGCCACCGCCACCCCGGAGCCGCAGCCGGCCCGGGGAGAACACUCUCCCGCGCACACCGGCGGCCCCCCCCCACGGCCCUCACGCGCGCGGGCUCCCCCGCCCCGCCCCUCGCUCAGGGCUUUCCGAGGGCACUGCACCGCUCCGCCGGGACGCCACCGGCCCGCAGGGCCGGGGACGACACCCACGUGAAGGCGAGGCGAGGCCGCUCGGGCCGGCAGGGACGGGAACGCGGGCGUCGCACGCGCGGACGAGGAGAGGCGAGGCGAGGCCGGCGCGGCGGGAGGGCCGGCGAGCACGCACGGCGGGGGCGCGGGACAGGGACGCGGGCGCCGUCCGGGACCGGAGGAAAAGACCGGCCACGCGCCGGCCCCCAGAACACCAGCGCGGGAUCCCACCGCCACCCGCACGCGAGGCGGUCCCGCGACGCCCGGGCGCCGGCCGGCCCGGCCAUCCCGGAGCGUGGCCCGCGACCCGGCCCGCCGCCAGGGCCGGCGAGCCGUCACCCGUCUUCCGCCAUCCAUCCGCCACAGAUCCGUCUUCCGUCUGAGUCUGAACCCCGAGGCGCGACCACCGGGACGACGCUCUCGAGCGAGGCGGCCCGGACCGUGACCGCACGCCGCCACGGCUGCGGCUCAGGGGCGAGGCGGGGCUCACCCCACGGGGCCGGCCGCACGCACACGGCCCCCACCUGCCGGACGCCCGCGGGGCCAGCGGACCCUCCCCGACUCGAGGGGGAGCGCGGCCGCGUAGGCAACGAGCGGCACGCGGCCCACCGGGGCCGGCGCACCCGACUCCCUCCCCUCCGCGGAGGCGGGGAGUCCUGCUCUGCCCACGUGCUCCGGCAGUCGCCACGGUGGCCACUGCUGCGCUCGGAGGGGCGGCGGCUGGGGGUCCGGUACCCCAAGGCUCCCUCUCGGAUCGCUAGAGAAGGCGUUCUCACGAGGGCGCGCCGUCCCUCCCCGGACCGUCUCGCCUUCGGCUCACGGAGGCGCUCCACGAGCGCCGCCUCAGCCGGCGGGAGGGUCUGCGGUACAGGGAAGCGGACCACCACACAGGAGCGUGUGCGCGGUCAGGGCCAGAGCAGAGCCCGCGUCCCGCCCCUGCAAGGCCUCAUCCGCGAGGCCUCCGCGACGAGGGAACGGGCACGACCUGAGGGACGACCUGGAGCGCUCCAGGGCACCACCGAGGUCACACGAGGCACGCUCGCACACCGCGUGGGCGCGCAGCGCGGCAGCGGCGGCACAGCCCUCCCCGCCACAGGGAGGCCGCUCGCCGGCACACGCCGAGAGGCGAAGCGGAGCAAUCUGCCGUGUCAGAAGACCAACGCCCCACGGACGCCCCGAGCAGGGACGGGAGACCGAAGAUCAGGGCCAGAGGCACACCCAACCCCUGCCUUCCUCACCCUCCUGACGGGCAGCGGGGGGAAGACAAGCGAGGGCCCGCGGACAGACGAGAAGAGCGGACACGUUCACCGGAACGCCCGUCCCUCGUCCGGCACGGUUUCGGCUCGGCCCGGAGAACACGACCACACCACAUCGAUCCGUGGAGCCGAGGUGGAGCAGGGGAGGCACGCGAGACAGUCACCAGAGGGCCCGCUUUCAGCCUCGCCGGCAGCCUCCAUCCCCCCCACCUCGCCUCAGGCGAGAGCGGCCAACGACCCCGAGAGGAGAACACCUGACACGUGGCGCGGAGCCCACAGGGGGGGGUCGUCCCAGCCGCCACCAGGUGCCCACAGCGGGCCAGACGACACCACACAGGAGCCGGCGCACAGGCCCAGGCGGCGCUCCAGCGGCGAGGGCCGAACCGGGCACCAGCUGGCGGCCCAGAAGCCAAGCCCGCGGCGACGAAAUGACAGCAGCGACAGAGGAGCCAUCUACGACUCGCAGGGAGGGCCCCCGGAACCUUGUCCCGGCCACCUGUCCCCAACGCUGCCCCAUAAACACCAGGCCCGAGCUCUCUUGGGGGGGGGGGGGGUGUCAUCUGUCGACCGGGAGGGGGGGAGGGGCGCGUGGUGGCCAAAGCGGGGCGCGGACACCGAGAGAGGGGGAGCCGGCGAGGACGCCCUCCCCGCUUCGUCCACGCGGGUAGGGGUACCGGUCCGUCGAGUCUCCGGACGGGGAUUUGGCUUCGACGUGCCAAAGGAACACAGAAGACGGAACCGUCAGCGAGGCGCUUCCCACGAGACGAGCGGGCCCCGACCAGGGAGCGCGCCCGGGGCCCAGACCGUCCAGACGGGGCACCAGGACGGCCCGAGCCGGUCCCCACCUCCCGACCGGGAUGCAGGGAGUCGGAGAGGGGUGAGCCAAAGUCGCGUCCGACGACCGAGACCCACGAGGGCACGCUGGAGGGUCGAGCGCGCCCUCCCCGGCCACCCGCGGAGCAGGGUCCGGGUCCAUCCACGUCUCCGGACCCGUCAGGACUUGGACAGAGAGAGCACGG